AAAUCGGGUCCGCCUGUGUAGCGGUUCGUCUGCAAUUCGCUCAUCUUCGUCACCCUGGAAUAAUCAACCAACAACAACCCAAAAAAAUGAAAUCAAAUGAUUUUUUUUCGAAUCAAAAAUUGUGCGUUGAAAUGGUCGGCUGAUUUCAUUGUGCUGUUCCUGUUUCCAAACAAAAGAGAGAGAGAGAGAGAGAGAGAGAUAGAAGGGGGCCGGAUAUGUAAGCCCGGGCUAAAGAGGAUGGUAGAUAUUCUCUCACUGCUGAUUGGCCGGCCCUGACGUCAACGGAGGUAUGUGCAGACGUGAGUCUCUCAAUCGGCUCACGUUGGAGGGACCCUCCUCCAGAGUUCCAAAAGUUCCGUCCCCAGGUGUCUGACUAGCCCCAGAGGGCUCCGCCGGUUAGCUCCAACCUUCUCUCUCUCUGUUCUCUCUCCCACUCUUGACUCCUCUCCUUUUGGGCUCCAGCGGACCGGGCACCCUUUUUCAGGUUUUAAGACGAGUGGCUCAGGUAGUUGGACGAGUCAUUCACAAGGUGAAGCUCUUGGCCGACACAUCACACACAACUUUACCUUCUUCUUUUUCUUAGAAAAAGCAAAACAAAACACACUAUUUUUUUUUAACUCCUCCGAAAAAAUCAAGUGGGCGAACGACAGUGUCUGGAAGAACAAGUUGAAAAAGUGACAAUCACUUCAGCGAGUGCGCGUUUUCUUCUGUUUGUUUUUUUUUUUGGUUUUUUUGACUUGACUUGAUUGUUUGCGCUCAGAGAAGAAUUGAUCAAACAAAACAAUUUUAAGUGACUUCAUUUGGGUGAACUGCGAUUUUGUUCAAUACGAAAAUACGCGCCAAGAUUUCGACGGCGAAAAUGUCCGACUUUCAGGAGAUUUGGCAAGAUAUCGAAACGGUUCUGUUGGGAUCGGCUCCGGCGGGUGCCCACGCCGUCAAUCCGUCGGUUUACGCCAGCAAUCGGCUGGAAUUGGCCGAACAACAUUGCGCCUAUCCAGGCCAGCAGCAACUGCAACAGCCGACGGUCGGAACGGCCGCUUAUUCGUCGCUGGAAACCUCAGCAGCGACGGCCGCCGCCCAGCAAUUGCGCGGCACUUCAGCGCUGGCCGUCGAGGCCCCGUUCCAACACCACCCGUCGGCCGCCAACCAACAACAGCCGCAACAACAACAACAACAGCAACCGCAACAAUACGCUGGCGAAACGAUGGCCUACAACUACCACGGCCAGCAUUACCACCACCACCAGUCUGAGUGUUCGGCCAGCGGCUCGGCUUCGUACCCGCCGUUUUACAACUACCGGAAGGAAGGCGGCGUGGCCGUUCCAUCCGCUUCGGCCGCCGUGGCAGUCACGGGGGGCGCUAGCUCGGCGUAUCCGGUCAUCAAACAGGAACUCCAAGACGUCGCAACUCCGUCAGCCGCAGCAGCAGCAGCAGCAGCAGCCCAGGCCGAGAGCGGCGGCUAUUCCGGCGCUGCGGCUCAUCAUCACCAGGCCCCUUACUUCCUCCAUCCGCAGCGGACGAGCGGAGUCAAUCCCCACCACCACCACCACCGGAUCAUGGCCGCCGCUGCGGCAUCGCAAUCCAAUUAUUACCCCUACCAUUCGGAGGCCGGAUAUAACGGAGUCCAGCCAGCACAGCAGCAGCAACAACAGCAGCAACAACAACAAGCACAACACCCUGGCUACCACCACUACCAUCACCACCACCAGCAACAACAGGGUCAAAUGUCACCGCCCACCACUCCGGACAGCGUCUACGGUCACCAGCAAACGACGCCGUCGGCCUCGAUGAGUCGACUCAUCCAGCAGCAGCAGACUCAGGUCCUCAUUGCGGAGGAGUUCCAGCAUCCGCACUACUACCACCAGCAGCAGAGUCACCUGCACCACCACCAGCAGCAGCAACAACAGCAGCAACAACAGCAACAACUUCAGCAGAGCCUACAGGGCCAGAUUCCGCGACUGGUUCCCGCCUUGACCCCGCCGUCCUCUCCGCAUUUGAAGGGUCAGGUGUCUUCGGCUCCUUCCGGCGGCUCCGCAGCCGCUGCCGGAGCGACGGGAGCCGUCCGCCCGCGUCGCCGACGGACUUGGGGCAAACGACGGGUGAUUAUUCACACCUGCUCGCACUCGGGAUGCGCCAAGACGUACACGAAAUCGUCGCACCUGAAGGCCCACCUGCGGACGCACACGGGCGAGAAGCCGUACCAGUGCUCCUGGAAGGGAUGCGGAUGGAAAUUCGCCCGCUCCGACGAGCUCACCCGCCACUACCGCAAACACACCGGCGACCGGCCCUUCCAGUGCCGACUCUGCGAACGGGCAUUCUCCAGAUCCGACCAUCUUGCCCUACACAUGAAACGGCACAUUAGCGUUUAAAUUCCGCCCAAUCAUUAUUAUUAUUCCGUCCCAAAAUUUUUGGUGUUUCUAGUCAAAAUUUUUCUUUCUCCUUUUUACAAACAAACAGAAAUAUUUUUCGCAUAUUUUUAUUUUUUCCAACUAAUUCUCGAAUUCAAUUUCUAUUUUUGAAUCAUUCCGGAUUUUCCGAAAGAUUUUUUUUUUUAAUUCUCCAAAUGAUGUAGCCCAUAGAAACAUAUAUUUUGUUUUCUUGCACACCUGUUCUAUAGGCCUAUACGCAAAAAUAGCCCAACCCUUCCCUCUUCUUUUUUUGAUGAGUGAAAAAGAAAACAAAAAAAUAAUUUUAUUAUCAUGAAUGUACUACGUAUGCAAAAAUAGACCAUUUUGAAUGAUCGCAAUUUUUCUGGUUUCUCCGUCGUCCAACGCGCACACAUAUUAUUAUAUAAUCAUCCCCCCCACCCCCCGAUUGAAAAAUAAUUUGUCCGCUGUUUUUUCUUUUCUGAAUCGACAUGUUCUGGUUGUGCUGCUGUGCUCUGCUCUUUUUUUUGAAUUAUAUUAUCAAAUAGAAUUUUUUUUUUUAUUGAAAAUGUUUAUUUCCGUGUUCCGCCUAUAUAUGUACUGCUGUACAGUUUCUUUGAAUUUCUCGCUAUAUUACAAAACAAAAAAUCAAGAUCCGAAA